AUCAUCCUUCCCGGCCAUCAAAAUGAGCAGCAGUGCGGCUGCAAGUACGGAAGAGUUCAUCGAAGUACUAAAUGCCGAACAACAUGUAGAAAUACAAAAGUUACGAGAUUAUGCUCGACAUGGCGUUCAACCGGCAGUUCGCGGAGAAGUUUGGUUGUAUCUAUUAGGCGUUCUUUCGGAUGAUAAAAGUCAAGAGAUGACAUCUGUUAGGAGCAAAUACAUGGAGUAUGAUAGCCUGGAAAAACAUAAUCAUUUAUACGAAAAGAGGAUAAGAAAUGAAGCAGUACGAUAUUAUCAGCGGAAAUUGAUCCCAAGACCACUUCCAGGUCGUACAUUGGCAAGAUCUUCACAUCGAAUAGCAUCACAGAAUCGUAGAACGGUAAGCGGAUAUGCAACAGAUGAAACCACAAUCGCUCUCACUGCACCAAGUGUGGCCAUUCCUGCUUUGAACACAAUCGUUACUACAUCUGCCACCACUAGAGGUCCUAAUCGGGUUCAUGAUGGAAAAACACAAAUCUUGGCCGGAAUCAUGGGGGAUUCAUCAGAUGGGAUUGUAGGAGAGAAUUCUAUGAAUAGCCUAACAGGAGACGGAAGCGACGUAUUGAUCGAUCCAGAAGCGGCUGCAGCAAAUGAAAUGAAGAGAUUCUGUAGAGCAGUGGAGAAUAUCGUAUGUGCUCAUCUGAACAGAUGGAAAUGGCGUUCGGUGGAUGGCACUGUUACAAUCGUGGAGCCAGACAAGACGGUAGAUGAAGAUACCGGAGAUCAUUCUGCAGAAUCAAUUCCAUCGGCGAAUUUUGAAGAUCAAUUCCACGCUCUAGACUUCCAGCAAGCGCCACAACAAGACCAUCGUUCAGUGUCAUCUGGAUCUUCCGGAUACCAUAAACCAAAUCCGAAUAACUUCUUAUCGCCGCCAGAGAAUGGAGGUAGAGGUCUUGCGUCUACAAUAUCAUCCGCAUCCUCCACAUCAUCAUUCGAUGAACAUAAGGAAGUCACCAACGAUACCAUUCAAGAAUCUGCCUUCCCUUCGUUACCCAGGGAAUACGAAUGGGCACAUCAAGGAAACAGAGAUAAUCUGAAAGUGCCAGCAAUCGUCGGAAAUUCUGGCCAGUCGUCUAGUGAUAUGAACGGGAGAUCCACCUCUCAAGGCUGUUUUGUUCAAACUGAUUAUCAUCCAGAUUUGAUUUUGCUUUGUUCUCCAUUCGUGAAAUGCGUUCGGUCUGAACCUGGAAUGUUUUUCGCUUUCGAAAAGCUGAUGUCUAUCAUUGAUACGUACGACGCACAACAUCCAUUACCAUCUCGAAUUGCAAACUUCUUGACCCUUUUUCGAACUACGUUACCGGACCUAUAUGCAUACUUUGACGAAGAAGAGGUAGAUGUGAUCGGAUUGGCAUCGGCAUGGAUGCGACAUCUCUUAGCAGCAGAAAUGAGAAUAGAAGAUCUAAUGCGACUUUGGGAUACCUACUUUGCCGUUCCUGAUCCUUUGAAUUUGCACAUGUACGUUUGCAUUGCCAUUUUGACAAAUUGCAAAGAUGCAUUGGAAGAAUUGGAUCAAUCAGAAGCAAAGAGUAUGCUUUUCAGCUUGCCGCCUUUGGAUGUUGAUAGAAUUAUCAAUGAAGCCAUCAAUAUUCGACUCUCUCAUCGACAAUCAGAGCUCUUGACGGAUGCCGAUGAGGAUGAAUGAUACCAUGGUGUAGACAUAUGUAUAUCUCUGUACUGUGUUUUAACUCGAAGCCAUUUGUACUAUUAAUAAUCAUUGCAUUAAACACAAACAUUGCAGAGAGUACAAUCAAUUGCUAAUCUGCUCUGACCCUUUCUUCUCUUCUUUUCCAAUCCAAACAGCACGUCUUAGCCACCUUCUUCUACGUGUGUCUGCCUUGACUGCUCGGAAUUCCAUACCCGUCAAAGAUUCAGGCCCUUGAUGAUCCUCUUCAUCGUCAUCUUCAAAAACAGAUGAUUCCUCUUUCGAAUGCCCUGCUAACAAUUCCCCUAAAAUCGAUCCAUUCGCUCGAGAAUCUUGAAU